GAUUGGAGGUCGUUGUGCACAAGGUCGACAGCUAAAAUAUAAAUGGUGCAAUGGAGCAGUCCAAAAUUGUUGGAUAGUUUCACCACACACAAAUCAUGUUCUGGCCCGCAACGACUAGUGAGGAGACAACUGAUGCAAAGAAGCUACUCCCUACUGUCCGCAAGAUUACGUCCUUAUUUCAUACCAUUGUAUCCGAAGUAUGGCAAUUCCUGUGGUGGCACCAGAAUGAAAACUUGCAAUAAACUUUGAUACGAAGAUUUGGGCCAAUUCGCAUCGUCGCACGCAUUCGAUGAUUUGAAACGCAUUUUUGAAUAUACAUUUUAUAUCACUCACCUUUUUACUUCAAUGUGAAGAAAUAAUAGAAUUCAUUUUCAC